CUGGGCUCCACGUGACCGCCCACUAUGGCUUCCCUGUGUCUGGGGCAGCUGUCUGGUGGUUCGGUGUGAUUUGUCAGCUCUUUGCAGCGGCGUACCCCUCUCACGAUUUCGACAUGCAAAAAAUAAAAUCUCUUAUGACCCGCCAGGGUCUGAAAAGCCCUCCAGAGAGCCUCAGUGACCUCGGUGCCCUCGAGAGUCUCCGGGUCCCUGGAAAGGAAGAAUUCAGGGAACUUCGAGAACAGCCAUGUGACCCUCAAGCUGAACAAGAGCUUAUUAAUAGUAUUGAACAAGUAUAUUUUUCUGCGGACUCAUUUGAUAUUGUUCAAUAUGAGCUGGAGAAACUUCCACCUGUUCUCAAUUUGCAAGAAUUAGAGGAGUACAGAGACAAGCUGAAACAACAGCAAGCUGCAGUCUCUAAAAAAGUAGCAGAUUUAAUCCUUGAAAAACAGCCUGCUUAUGUAAAGGAACUUGAAAGAGUUACCUCAUUACAGACAGGUCUUCAAUUAGCUGCUGUUAUCUGCACAAAUGGGAGAAGACACUUGAAUGUUGCGAAAGAAGGUUUUACUCAAGCUAGUUUAGGCCUUCUUGCAAAUCAGAGGAAACGUCAGUUGCUGAUUGGACUUCUGAAAUCCCUGAGAACUAUAAAAACAUUGCAAAGGACAGAUGUACGCUUAAGUGAAAUGCUAGAGGAGGAAGACUACCCAGGAGCUAUUCAGUUGUGCCUGGAAUGUCAGAAAGCUGCCAGCACUUUUAAACAUUACAGUUGUAUAAGUGAACUGAAUUCAAAGCUGCAAGAUACCUUAGAACAAAUUGAGGAACAGCUGGAUGUUGCUCUUUCCAAAAUCUGCAAGAAUUUUGAUAUUAACCAUUAUACAAAAGUUCAACAAGCAUAUCGACUGCUUGGAAAGACACAGACAGCAAUGGAUCAGCUUCAUAUGCACUUCACCCAAGCCAUUCACAAUACCGUGUUUCAAGUUGUUCUUGGUUAUGUGGAACUAUGUGCUGAGAACACAGACACUAAAUUCCAAAAGCUGCAAUAUAAAGAUCUCUGUACACACGUCACACCAGACAGCUAUAUCCCAUGCCUUGCAGACCUGUGCAAAGCUCUGUGGGAGGUUAUGCUCAGCUAUUACAGAACUAUGGAGUGGCAUGAAAAGCAUGACAAUGAGGAUACUGCUUCAGCUUCUGAAGGAAGUAAUAUGGGUACUGAAGAAACUAAUUUUGAUCGUGGUUAUAUAAAAAAGAAGUUAGAGCAUGGGCUUACACGAAUAUGGCAGGAUGUUCAGCUAAAAGUAAAAACCUAUUUGCUGGGAACUGAUUUGUCUAUAUUCAAAUAUGAUGACUUCAUCUUUGUUUUGGAUAUAAUCAGCAGGUUGAUGCAAGUUGGAGAAGAAUUUUGCGGUAGCAAGUCUGAAGUUUUGCAAGAGUCCAUUAGAAAACAAAGUGUCAAUUAUUUUAAGAACUACCAUAGAACACGACUUGAUGAACUGAGAAUGUUCUUAGAGAAUGAGACUUGGGAACUUUGUCCUGUUAAGUCAAAUUUCAGCAUCUUGCAACUUCAUGAAUUUAAAUUCAUGGAACAAUCUCGUUCCCCAUCGGUUUCACCUAGUAAGCAACCAGUCUCAACAUCUUCAAAAACAAUGACUUUGUUUGAGCAGUACUGUAGUGGUGGGAAUCCAUUUGAAAUUCAGGCCAACCACAAAGAUGAGGAGACAGAAGAUGUGUUGGCUUCUAACGGGUAUGAGUCUGAUGAACAAGAAAAGAGUGCCUAUCAGGAGUAUGACAGUGACAGUGAUGUUCCUGAGGAACUCAAGCGAGAUUAUGUAGAUGAGCAGACAGGCGACGCACCUGUGAAGAGUGUUUCUCGAGAAACCCUAAAAAGCAGGAAGAAAUCUGAUUACAGUCUAAAUAAAGUGAAUGCACCUAUUUUAACAAAUACAACAUUGAAUGUAAUAAGACUUGUUGGGAAAUAUAUGCAGAUGAUGAACAUUCUUAAGCCAAUUGCCUUUGAUGUUAUCCAUUUUAUGUCUCAGCUAUUUGAUUAUUAUUUAUAUGCCAUAUAUACCUUUUUUGGUCGGAAUGAUUCAUUGGAAUCGACAGGACUUGGCCUUAGCAGUAGUCGACUAAGAACAACUCUAAAUAGAAUACAAGAAAGCCUUAUUGAUCUGGACGUUUCAGCUGAUCCUACUGCCACGCUCACAGCAGCAGAAGAAAGAAAGGAGAAGGUACCAAGCCCACACCUCAGUCACCUAGUGGUUUUGACAUCUGGCGAUACGUUGUAUGGGUUAGCGGAAAGAGUGGUAGCCACGGAGUCCUUGGUAUUCUUGGCUGAACAAUUUGAGUUUCUUCAGCCACAUCUGGAUGCUGUGAUGCCUGCAGUUAAAAAGCCCUUUCUUCAGCAGUUUUAUUCUCAGACGGUUUCAACUGCCAGUGAACUACGCAAGCCAAUUUACUGGAUUGUAGCUGGUAAAGCCAUUGAUUAUGAGCAGAUGCUGCUCCUGAUGGCUAAUGUGAAGUGGGAUGUAAAGGAAAUCAUGUCCCAGCACAACAUAUAUGUAGAUGCUUUGUUAAAGGAAUUUGAGCAAUUUAACAGGAGGCUAAAUGAAGUUUCUAAGAGAGUGCGGAUACCCUUGCCUGUCUCCAACAUACUUUGGGAACAUUGUAUACGACUGGCUAAUAGAACUAUUGUGGAAGGAUAUGCCAAUGUCAAGAAGUGCAGUAAUGAGGGUCGUGCCUUGAUGCAAUUGGAUUUUCAACAGUUUUUAAUGAAACUUGAAAAACUAACAGAUAUUAGACCCAUUCCUGAUAAAGAAUUUGUGGAAACCUAUAUUAAAGCCUACUACCUGACAGAGAAUGACAUGGAACGCUGGAUCAAAGAGCACAGGGAAUAUUCAACAAAACAACUGACCAAUUUGGUGAAUGUCUGCUUGGGCUCCCAUAUCAAUAAGAAAGCAAGACAGAAACUUCUAGCAGCUAUAGAUGAUAUAGACAGACCUAAAAGAUAAAGAACACAGGUCUUUUUCCUCAAUGGCAUUGCUCUUCUCUCAGCAUAUGUGACAUGCAAGCCAAUUUCUCAUGCACUCCUGACAACAAUCUAAGAAAACUUUGUGCAUGUUCUUUUCAACCGGAAAGCAGAAAACGUCAAAGUGUGUGGUGUUCUCAAAUGACAAUGACUUUGAUAUGCUCUGAUCUAUUGGUCUCAUUUGUUAUAAUCCUUUCCUGAAAUAUUAUUGCCUUGUCAUAACUAUGGUUAUGUGAGUACAAUUACAUAUUUUACAGAAGAGUAUACCAUACACGCACAAGGAGAAGCAGCAGUGGUUUAAUGUAUCUGUGGGCAGGUUUUGGAGAAUGAGGUGAUGUCGGCAUUUUUCUACCCUCUGAACUUAGUACUUUAUAAGCUUAUUAUGAGAGGGCUAAUGUACAGUAUCUCCUAAUUAUGAGCACUGCAUGAGAAUUAAAUAGUACGUGUAAGUAAAAUAGUUGAAAAGUAUCUGUGUUUUUAAGUGUGAAGGUUUAUGUCAGGUAAUUUAGUUAUAGCAAAGUGAUCAUAAAUGAUGAAAUUUAAUAAAUAUUACACUAUAAUGUGAUCAGCCUA